GCGAAUUUAAUUUACUCUGUGUUUAUUAAAUGCCCUGGGCCGCGAAUUGGUGGUGUGCUGUUCUGCUUAUGUGUUCACAACCACGGAAGAUCCAGAAGAAAAGAUCUGAAAAGCCACCGGCUCCCUGUGUGUUGGUGGAAUGAGCGUUGCAUGUGUCUUGAAGAGGAAAACCGUUCUUUGGCAGGACUCCUUCAGCCCCCACCUCAAACAGUACCAAGAAGGCUCUCUUAACCACAACAUGCCCGUGGUCCUUACCUCCGGACCGGUGGGCCAGCAGCAGCCUCCUGCCCAUCCUGCCUUGGCUGCAGGACCUCAUGUUAGUCCUCUGGGCAACUCAAUGAGUGUUGCUGGACGAUCACAGGAUGAUGCCAUGGUGGAUUAUUUUUUCCAGAGGCAACAUGGCGAGCAGUUGGGGGGUGGUGGUAGUGGAGGAGGAGGCUACAACAAUAACAAGCAUCGUUGGCCAACAGGGGAUAACAUACAUGCAGAGCAUCAGGUGCGUUCAAUGGAUGAACUGAAUCAUGAUUUUCAAGCGCUUGCUUUGGAGGGAAGGACAAUGGGUGAACAACUUUUACCGGGUAAAAAAUUUUGGGAGACGGAUGACUCAAACAAGGAUGGACCAAAGGGCAUAUUCCUGGGGGACCAGUGGAGAGAGAGCACAUGGGGUGCAUCAGACCAUUCAGUGUCUCAGCCCAUCAUGGUCCAGAGACGGCCAGGACAGGGAUUCCAUGUAAACAGCAGUGAAGUGAACUCUGUGCUGUCCCCGCGCUCUGAGAGUGGCGGUUUAGGAGUCAGUAUGGUUGAGUAUGUCCUAAGCUCUUCUCCCGGUGACUCGUGUCUCAGGAAAGGAGGAUUUGGUCCCAGAGAUACCGAAGGAGAUGAGAAUGAAAAGGGAGACAAGAAAAACAAAGUUUAUGAAGGUGACAAGCUUGGGGACCUGAAGGAGGAGGGAGACGGCAUGGACAAGGCCAAUGGUCUGCCAGUGCAGAAUGGGAUUGAUGGGGAUGUAAAGGACUUCAGUCGUACCCCUGGAAACUCUGCUAAUGAAGUAGAUCUCUUGGGGCCGAGCCAAAAUGGCUCAGAAGGGCUUGCUCAGCUCACCAGCAGUAACGGAGCCAAACCAGUUGAGGAUUUUGGUGGGAUGGAAUCUCAAAGUGUCCAGCUUGACCCCAUGGAACAUGUUGGUAUGGAGCCCCUCCAGUUUGAUUAUCAGGGCAACCAAGUUCAAGUGGACUCAAGUGCUGCAACAGUGGGCCUUUUUGACUACAAUUCCCAGCAGCAGCUCUUCCAAAGACCGAAUGCCCUAGCAGUCCAGCAAUUGACGGCUGCACAGCAGCAACAGUAUGCCCUUGCAGCAGCACACCAGCCACACAUAGGUAUGUUUUCAGCAGGUCUAGCCCCCGCUGCCUUCGUCCCAAAUCCUUACAUCAUAAGUGCGGCACCUCCGGGAACGGACCCCUAUGCAGCAGGACUGGCAGCUGCUGCCACACUUGGACCUGCAGUGGUCCCCCACCAAUACUAUGGAGUAACUCCAUGGGGGGUGUACCCGGCUAACCUCUUUCAACAGCAGGCGGCAGCUGCUGCAGCAGCCAAUAACAAUGCUUCUCAACAAAACAACCCACAAAACCAGCAGGGACAACAGCAGGUCUUGCGUGCAGGGGGCAACCAGCGACCCCUGACACCUAACCAGAACCAGCAAGGGCAACAGACAGACCAACUAGUUGCAGCUGCUGCUGUAAAUUCUGCUCUUGCAUUUGGGCAGGGACUGGCAGCAGGUAUGCCAGGAUAUCCUGUGCUAGCACCUGCUGCUUAUUAUGACCAAACGGGGGCUUUAGUUGUAAAUACUGGGGCUAGAAAUGGACUAGGUGGACCUAUGCGAUUAGUUGCUCCUGCUCCUGUUAUAAUCAGCCCAUCUGCAGCCCAAGCAGCUGUAGCAGCAGCUGCUGCUUCUGCAAAUGGUCAAGCAGGCACCACUAAUGGCCCCUUCCGCCAGCUGAGUUCGCAGCAACCCCAAGGACAACCACAGCCACAGGGGAACCAGAACAUGGCAUCCAGCUCCUUCUAUGGUAACAGCUCCCUUUCUAGCAACUCGCAGAGCAGUUCCCUGUUCUCUCAAAGCUCUGGGCAGCCAGCUAACAACUCUUUGGGAUUUGGAAGUAGUGGAUCUCUAGGGGCCACACUAAGCUCAGCACUUGGAGGGUUUGGGACCGCAGGUGAGAAGUGGGUUGCAAAUUCCAACACUGGCAGUGGAUCUCGACGUGAUUCUCUGACGGGCAGCAGUGACCUUUACAAGAGAACUUCCAGCAGUUUAACCCCUAUUGGUCACAGCUUUUACAAUGGCCUGGGUUUUUCUUCAUCACCAGGCCCUGUUGGCAUGCCCCUUCCAAGCCAGGGUCCAAGCCACUCCCAAACACCACCUCCAUCCCUCUCCUCACAUGGAUCAUCCUCCAGUCUCAACCUUGGAGGGUUGACAAAUGGUAGUGGGCGUUACAUCUCUGCAGCUCCAGGAGCAGAAGCGAAAUACCGCAGUGCCAGUAGUGCUUCAAGUCUAUUCAGCCCGAGCAGCACACUUUUCCCCUCCUCCAGAUUGCGCUAUGGCAUGUCUGAUGUUAUGCCUUCAGGGCGAAGUCGACUGCUAGAGGACUUCCGCAACAAUCGAUACCCUAACCUGCAACUGAGGGAAAUAGCUGGUCACAUCAUGGAGUUUUCACAGGAUCAGCAUGGAUCCAGGUUUAUUCAGUUAAAACUAGAAAGAGCAACCCCUGCAGAAAGACAGCUGGUGUUCAACGAGAUCUUGCAGGCCGCCUACCAGCUCAUGGUUGAUGUAUUUGGGAACUACGUCAUACAGAAGUUUUUUGAGUUUGGAAGCUUGGAGCAGAAGUUGGCUUUAGCAGAGCGAAUACGUGGCCAUGUACUGUCCUUGGCAUUGCAGAUGUAUGGUUGUCGUGUAAUUCAGAAGGCGCUAGAAUUCAUCCCACCUGAUCAGCAAGUCAUUAACGAGAUGGUCCGGGAACUGGAUGGUCAUGUAUUAAAAUGUGUUAAGGAUCAAAAUGGAAAUCAUGUGGUGCAGAAGUGCAUAGAGUGUGUUCAACCGCAGUCCCUGCAGUUCAUUAUUGAUGCAUUCAAGAGUCAGGUGUUUGCACUCUCCACACAUCCAUAUGGCUGCAGAGUGAUUCAACGCAUCCUUGAGCACUGCUUACCAGAGCAGACCCUGCCCAUCCUGGAAGAGUUGCACCAGCAUACGGAGCAGUUAGUACAGGACCAGUAUGGGAACUAUGUUAUUCAGCAUGUAUUGGAACAUGGCAGACCAGAAGACAAAAGUAAAAUUGUUGCAGAGAUUCGUGGAAAUGUUCUAGUCUUGAGUCAACACAAAUUUGCAAGUAAUGUUGUGGAGAAGUGUGUAACACAUGCCUCUCGCACGGAACGAGCCAUGCUAAUAGAUGAAGUUUGCACAAUGAACGAUGGGCCUCAUAGUGCCUUAUAUACCAUGAUGAAAGAUCAGUACGCCAACUACGUGGUGCAGAAGAUGAUUGAUGUGGCAGAGCCAGCCCAGCGAAAGAUAGUCAUGCAUAAGAUCCGACCACACAUUGCCACUCUUCGUAAAUACACUUAUGGCAAGCAUAUCCUUGCCAAGCUGGAGAAAUACUACAUGAAGAACGGCAUGGAUUUGGGCCCUAUGUGUGGCCCCUCAAAUGGCAUCAUCUAGAGAUCUGCACUGGCCACCACUCCCCACCCCCACUAAAGAGGGAGUCCUUGGAUGUAGUUCUAACGUUAAAAAGCAAAAAACAAAAAAAAAAACUUUGUAAAUGUCUUUAAUUUUAUUACAUCUUUGUGACAUAUUAAUUAUUAUUUUUUUUAAUCAACCUAGCCGUCUGCUGUAUUUCUGUAUAGAAUCACUUGUACAUAUCUUGUACAUGUCCUGUCCCCAACCUAAACGCACUAUUUCACAUGUGCAUAAGAGCCCGUGUUAAUAAAUUUGCUCCUUUCCAACUCUAAAAAUUUUUUUUAUGAAAUCAGGAAAUCAUCACUAUGUUCCCUUAUUGUUUAUUUUUAAACAUGGUUUGUUCAACCAGUCUUCUCCAUUUCUAUCCGUACGUGUGUGUAUGUAUGUGUGUGUGUGUGUGUAUAUAUAUAUAUAUAUAUAUAAUUUGUGUGUGUAUAUAUAUAUAUAUAUAUAUAUAUGUAUGUAAAAUAUAUAUAAAAUAUAUAUAUACAUAUAUAUAAUGUAUGUGUGUGUGUAUAUAUAUAUAUGUGUGUGUGUGUGUGUAUAUAUAUAUAUAUAUAUAUAGAUAUAUAGAUAUAUAUAUAUAUAGAUAUAUAUAUAUAUAUAUAGAGAGAGAGAGAGAGAGAGAUGUGUAUAUUAUUAUUUUUUUCUGAGCAGGAUCUGUUUUAUUGUGCUUAAAUCAGGCUGAAAUGCAGGUUAAUAUUAGUCUGCUUCUUUUUAUGACUGUAUUUUUGAUUUAAAAAAAGACUUCCUUUAGCAUGUCCACCUAAAAAUCUAACCCCGCUUUCCUUUUUCGCUUUGUAUAAAUAUGUAGUGUAUACUUGAUAUAGAUAUUUGCAUAUAUAUAUAUAUAUAUAUAUAAAACUUUGUAGUAAUUUUUUUCUUUUAGUUUUUUGAUGUUUAAUAUACAGAUGUAUCCUGCAGUUAGUGGACAUAAACCCUUUUGACUGUAAAAUUGUACAUUUGUAAAACCUUAGUAAUGUAAAUGUGAGUUUAAAAAUCAACAUAAACCCUUCCUUUUUUUGGUAAGAGAUAAGAAAAGGCAAAAAAAAACAAACACUUUAGGCCAAACUGUGCAUUUCCAGAUUUCUUCUACGGAUAUAAUGGUUGUGAUGUUGUAAAUUGUAAAUUGUAAUUUCUGCCAGAAAGACAGUUAUUUUUUUGUCCAUUUUUAGUUGAUGUAUGAAAUUGUUUUAUUUCAUCAAAUGAUUUGGAAAGUUUAAAAUUUGCUCAAUAAUAGUGCAAACUUAUUUUAAAUAAGCAGAUUAUAAAUUAAUUUCUGCAAUUCUGUUGUCAUAUGCCCCUCUAUACAGUUGGAAAUCUUGUUAUUACUUGUACAGAUGAUGAAAAUUGUUUUGCAUUUUGUCUCACUUGUAAGUUGCUGUAACAUAUUGUCCACUUAAUUCUUUCUUGUUUGAAUAUACAAAUGUAAUAGUUAAACGGUGUAUAUUUACAACAAAAGAUCCUUCUUUUUGUGUAUAUUACAAAUGAAAUUUUUCCAAGCACACUUGUUUAACUGUAUGUGUUUAAUUAAGGAUCCCCUCUUCUGUUGCCAGAGGAUAUUGAUCAGGAAGGCAAUGGAGAAGGGACAUUAUUGGCCCUGUGGAUGCUUCUGAUUUAGCAAUUAUUUUUUUUGUACUUUGUGUAGAAUGUCUAUAAACGAUGUGUGAUCUUUAUUUUGAAAAUUACAGAACUUUGAAAUCUAGAA